GCGUGAAAGCUCUGACGUCACCACAUACUGGAUUACACGAUACCGGUAACCGGAUAAAUCGUGAACACAUCGUGCAUUGUUUAUCACAUUUAUUGAGAGUAAACAUAUAACAUUCCAGUUUUAUUUAAUAUUAUUCGUCUUCGUCUUCGUCUUGUUAUUAAAAAGUGGUGAUUUUAUAUAUAACUUCAGAAUGUCCGAUUGUAAUGAAUUAAGGAUAGUGAAUUACAUGAGUCCCGCACAUCCAGUGGAUUUAUAUGUAUUGAUUAUGGAAAUGUUAGAGAGUGAGUUAGGGUGUUAUGCUACCCUUCAAUAUGAAAGUCGGAGCCCUGGGCCCAUAUCCGAUCGGCCCAAUCCCUUCACAAAUAACAAAGUGGACUUAGGUUUCAUGUCGGCAGCAUCGUAUAUGAAAUUGCGCAAAAAUAAAGCUGAAUAUGUCGAACUGCUUCCGGUGACUCCCGUGUUCGCGCACCAGAUGAACGUAGAAAAUAAACCGGGAUACUUCUCGGACAUUAUUAUCCACCGCGAUAAAAUUGCUCACAACGUAAAUACUUUAUUGGACUUGAGAGGCUGUACAUUUGCGUAUAGCGAUGGUGGAUCUCUUAGUGGACUCAAGAUCGUACUAAAGACAUUAAAGGAAAAGGGAGAGAAUGCCUCAUUUUUUGGAUCUCAUUUAAAAUCUGGAUCCCAUUUAGCGUCUGCUCAGAUGGUUCUAACAAAACAAGCUGAUUGUGCAGCUGUCGAUUCAACAACAUUAUUGUAUUCAAAGAAGUUCAUGCAGGACGGCGGUAAAGACAUUGUAACACUGGAAACAUUAGGACGACUACCUCCCUACGCUAUAGUUGUGAACUCAAGAUUACCCGAUAAUUUGAAAAAGGCAAUGACAGAGGUGUUCCUGACAGUUCCCUGUGAUCUGUAUUAUAAGCGUCAGUUCGCCAAGUACGGCCUGAUCAAGUUCGAAACAAACAGCGAUGGUGCUUACGACGGGGAGGCUGCACAGAUGUGGUCCAUCCAGGACGAGAAACUCACCGUACCAUAUUAUUAGAGUACUCCUUGUUAUAAGCUUAGUUUACGUUUUAUACAUUCUCUAUAUUGAUUAUACGCCAAAACACUAGCUCUUCUUUAUGUUUUAUACAAUAAUAACUUUUAAAUAUUCUCUCUUUAGUUAGUGAAAUUUUUUACUUAUAUGUAUGAUAUGGACAGUUAAUUACAUGAAUGAACCAAGGAAAUAUACCUAAAAUAUUGAAAAUAUUAAAAAAACACUUGACCGAAACUAUGACAUAUUAAAAGCAAAAUCAUGUAACAAUUUUUUAAUACUGGCUGGAAAUAAAUUCUAGAAACAAUAUGUUA